AACGCGCUUUAAGUGGCGCCACUAUUCGCGCCAAAAUGCGAAAAGUUAUUUGAAUCAAGAGACACUUUGCUGCCCGUCGAUUCACAUAAUAAGCUCUUCAGAAAAAAAAUUUGGAUCGAUUCUGUUCUCCGUAUAAAAAGUCGGUUUUGCGCUAAUGUGGUGCACUGAUCCGUCAUCCGAAUGAUUUGAUCGAUAUGCGUGCUCGUCCAGCUUCUAUUUCUAGUGACGUUAUAUAUCAAUGGAUAUUACAUUGUCAAAGAUCAUUAUUCAAAAUAUUCGUGGGCUUAUCCCUCGGUUGAUUCUUUGGCUGUUGUUGUUGCAAAGGAGUUGUGGGAAUUGUUUUUUGAUGUCAUCUAAAAAUUCGAAGCCCUAGUUAGAUGGUUUGUUACCGAUCGUUUAUGGAAUAAAUGCACGUGUGACUUGUGGAACUAAAUGAACUAAGAUAGAGAAGUAUGAGUUGAAAGUGGCGCUCUUGAACUCCGUUUACAGUUAUACCUCUUGUAAGACUUUUCUUAAUUCUGAUGGUUAUACUGAACCGAUAAAGGAAUGUUCUCUUUUCUUGAUACCUUUUUUCUUCAGAGAUUAAAGAGCUAUGGCAAUAUUGGUUAAAUAUAGUCCAAUCAUUGAUACGCAAAAAAAUGUUCGUUGUUAAAGAUAAAGACUGUCAUCAUGAUAUUAAUGAGCAUUUUGUUUGAACUGAGAAAUUUUCUAGUUUGUUGACGUGUACUUGCUAUUUAGAACAAGUAAAACGAUCACAUUUUGAUAUAGAAAGAAAACAGAUCAAAAAGCGCCAGUUCGAUCUUUUCAACUUGCGAUAAUAACUAUAAAAAUGAACAACCUCCUGAACUUGUUUAUAUUCGUUCUAGAAAUCAUAUAUGCCUUUCGUUUUUGUUAUGAUUGUUUUAUACAAAGUUAUGCAGUUUGUUGUAAUAUGUAUUAAAAGAGCAAAUUCAUGUUUUUCGUCACAGGUGUGCUUCAUUCACAGUGACUCAUCGUUUACUCACACCAAAUUAUGGUUAUUUGACUACUUAGUUAGCAUCUCUUUAUCCUUAUAAACGCAGAAGUUGGCUGACAUUUAUUUCUUCAAAUACACUUUAUUUAUGUCAGAAACAAGAGCAACAAUUAUUGUAACUGUGUGAAUAAUAAGAAUGAAACCACAUUCCAUUUGGAUUUAAAGAUCUUUGUUUAAAGAUGAGCUUUAUUUAUUAGAUAUCUUUGAACAGACUUCUAAAUGAUAAAUAUAAUAAUUGAUCUUAUUUUCUAAUUGAUAGAUUAAUGUAGAUAUGUUUUUGUUUUCUUUGAAACAUGUAUACUACAUAUCUUUAAUUAUGCUUCGUAUAGAAUGUAGGAUAUCUAUAGGAAUGUGAUGAUGAUAUUUUUUCUUGUUGUUUCCGAAAUAUGUCUGAGAACUAGAUUUUUGUUAUCUUUAGUCGCGGUGACAUGUUGAUGAUAGAUGAACAAUAUAGAUGAAGAAAAUAAUUUUCUGACAUAAGAUGAUAAGUUAAUAAAAAAAUUAGAGAUCAAAAAUUUAUUUGUAGAUAAUGGGGACGCUGAAAAUAUACGUUGACGGAAGUCAAACCUAAUAUAGAACUAGUAUAAUAAUAUAAACAAACUUUUUAUGGUUUUGAUUGUACAGGGUAUAAAUGAUGAUACAUUUUCUUGUCUAUCCGCACUGCUUAUUAAAAAAAAACAGAUACAUCAUAGUUAAUCAUCACAUUAAAUUAAUACAUCAUAUUCAAGCUGAUACUUUUUUUUUUUCAUUUGACAUUUUGUCCUAAAGAGUUCAAAUUUUUUUGUUUUUUUGUUGUUGUCUGACCUCUUUCAUCAACUUAACAGAAUCUAUAGUGUACUUUCUCCGAAAUUUGUUAUCACUCGUUGUUCUUGUUGUUGUUGAAUGUGUCAACGUUAGACUAAUAUUUCUACUGAAACAUCAAGUCUGUUUAUGACAUCAAAACUUUUUUGUCCUUGAGAUGUUUGAUAUCCUACAGACGCAAUUUUACUCUAUGUCGUACGGAUAAAAAUAUAGUAGCAACACAAAUAUACACACACACACACAUACACAACAAAAUUAUUAUUUGAUGAGAAUUGUAUUAAAUAUUUUUUCUUUCUUUGAGAUGAUCGUAAAAAGAUGUGUUAUAAAGUAUAUUGUUGUUUAUUUAUGAAAGAAAAAGGAAAAAAAGAAACUCAAUGAUUUUACGUCAUUCUAUCUAUUUGAUGGAAUGUAUACUAUGUUAAUAUAUAUAAUGAAGAUAUUAUAGAUAUUUUUUCUUCAGUCAUUAGUGUCAAUAUGCUUGCGUGUAUAUAUGUAUGUGAGAGGAUAAAACAAAGACGAAAAAAAUAUCUGCAAUAAUUACCACCUUUUUUUCUUUUUUCGCCCCAGAGUCUGUUUUAUUUUUCCUAUAUCUACUGUUUAUCUAUUCUCCUUGAAUCAAGAUUGAGCUCAACAAAAUUAGUGUGUGUUUUGUUUGUGUUCUUCCUUUUUUUUUUCUAGUAGUGCUAGCAGAUAUUUUUUUGUAAUAUGCAUAUAGAUAGAUAGACAUCCAGAUGUUAUAAACAAGUAAAAAAUCGAUUCUUAUUUUUAAUUCGUUUUUGUCUACCUGUUAGUGUCGAAUAAUUAUCAAUUGAAUUAUAUAAAGUGAUUUGUAAGUUUCAUAAAUUCUAUAUUUGACAAUAGAAAAACAAAACAUAUUUUAUCUCUUAGAUUUAUACAUAAUGAACGCAUAUCUUGAUCUAUAUUUUUAAUCUUUAUUUUGAUGUGUUGAUCUAUAUGGUUUUGUUCAAUUUUAGAUGUGUUAAACUAAUGGAUAAACCACCAUCAUCGCCUGUUCCGUCGCCAUUGGUGCCGUCAUCACCCAUUCUAUCGGCUUCAAACCUUCCUGGGGCAAUAAUAUCAUCUCAACCAUCAACGCCAACCGUUUCGGCUUCAACUCCGUUAGAACGACUACAAAGUAAUGAAAAGCCAGAAAAAUUAUACAAAAAAGAAAAACAAAUACUUAUUGAAUUCGAUUUAAUUGUGAAAGACAUUCGUUAUCAAUUAAAUGAACAAUUAAAAUGUCUUGAACAACGUUUAGAGGUACAAUUAUCAAUACUUAGUGAUAUACAAGAUUAUUUCAAACGUCGUGCAGAAGUUGAACUUGAUUAUGCAAAAAAUUUGGAUAAUUUACAUAAACAAACAUAUCAAAGACAUAAAGCACAAAAAGCAAGACGUGAAACAUGGGUAUUACAUUCAGUAUACAAAUUGUGGGACAGCAUUGUUCAUGAUACUCGUACACAUGUCAAAUAUCAUACGGUCAUGUCAGAUAUAUGCGGAAAAUAUAUGUCUGAUAAAUUUAAUGAAAUUGCGGAAGAUACACGUCGAAUGUUUGGAAAAUGUAAAAGUGUUGGUCAAGCAAGUCAUGAGGACAUAUUUAAAGUGCUUAAUGAACUACAAAGUACAAUGAAAACUUAUCAUCAAUAUCAAAGUGAAAGUAAACAAGCCGAACAAAAACUUCGACAAAUACAACAACAAAUGGCAAAAUUAAAAAGUGUUAAAAAACAAAAAUCAAUGGAAAAACGUGUAGAAAAACGUCAAAUGAAAUAUACAGAAACAAAAGUGAAAGCAUUUAAAGCAAGAAAUGAUUAUUUAUUAACAAUUGAAUCGGUUAAUGCAGCAUUAACAAAAUAUUGUACGGAUGAUGUACCAGAUUUAAUUGAUUGUAUGAAUUUUGGAUUUCAUACAUCGACUGCAAAAUGUUUAAUGAUGUAUUUGUCCGCUCAGGAAAAUAUUAAACGUUCUCGUCAAAUGACAAUUGAAAAUUUAAAUCGAUCCAUUGGUGAUUUGGAUACAGUAGGUGAUAAACAAAAAUAUCUGGAAUAUUAUUUAUCCGUUUUUACUAUACCAAGAAAAAUCAAAUUUGAACCGCAUAAAGGCGAUGAGGUAUCCACGGUGAAUGCUCAAGUUCUAAUACGUGAAGAAAUGCAACAACGUUUUGGUCAAUUACAAAAUCGUUUAGCAUCUCUUAAAACUGAAAAUGAUGAGAUUUUUAAGACUAUUGAAGCUACGGAACAAUCACUAAUGAACUAUAUUAAUGUUAAAAAUUCUGAUUUAUCCGAUUUAUUCAAAGAUCUUAAUCUUCCACAAAGUGCACCAAAAGAUACGAGAAAAGAAAUUGAAGAUUAUUAUAUUGAAAAAUUUAAACAGUAUACACUUAGCAGUAAUUUAAUAUCGAGAUUACAAGCACGUCAUGAUGUGAUGCAAAAGGCGCUCGGUGCAAGUCCAGCUCCUUCUCAAGCAGAUGAAAAAUGUCUUAUACGCCGUCCAAAUAAACCGAAACAAAUUGGUAAAGCACCAAUCAUUGGUCGUCCACGUCUGUUUGGUGGAAAAUUAAUUGAUUACAUUCAAGUUACUCAACAAGAUAUUCCUUUGAUUAUAUCAAGUUGUGUGAGUGCUAUCAAUCGACUUGGAUUACAUAAUCAGGGUAUAUUUCGAGUUCCAGGCGCACAAGUGGAUAUUAAUCAAUUUAAAGAUAUUUUCGAAAAAGGUGAAGAUCCGCUUGUCAAUGUUUCCGCACGUGAUAUGAAUUCGGUAGCUGGAUGUCUUAAAUUAUAUUUUCGUGAAUUGAAAGAGCCGUUGUUUCCACGUGAUAUGUUUGAUUCUUUCAUGGCUUGUAUAAUUGGCGUAGAAUCUGAAGAGAAAUGUGUUGAAAAUCUUCGUCAAGUGGUCAAACUAUUACCACGACCAAUUUUUAUAGUUAUGCGUUAUUUUUUUGCAUUUUUAAAUCAUCUGGCUGAAUAUAGCGAUGAAAAUAUGAUGGAUGGGUAUAAUUUGGCAUCUUGUUUGGCACCUAGUUUAAUGCCCAUACCCGAAGAUAAAGAUCAAGUACAAUAUUUGACACAUACAAUCGAAUUAAUUAGAACAGUAAUUACUCAUCACGAAGAAAUAUUUCCAAAUGAUGGCGGUCCAGUCUACGAAAAAUUUGCCACCAUAUCCAUAGAUGUUGAAGAAGGGUCUGAUAGAGACGAAGAUGAUGAAGGUAUUAGUGAACAACGCUCAUUACAUCGAGAAGGCACUGGCAGUGAUGACGAAACGGAAGCGAUCGAAGCGUUGGCUCAAUUCAAUUAUUGUGGACGAACCGAUAAAGAACUAUCAUUCAAAAAAAAUGACACGAUCUAUAUAUACAGGCGUAUCAGUAACGAAUGGUGGCAGGGCCAUCUUUUAAAUGGACAAAUGGGCUGUGUGCCUGACAAAUACAUCAAAUUUAAAAAGAGACGUCGUAUUUCCAGUUCUAACAAUGUUUUAGUCAAUCUUAUUGAUCCUUCAUUAUUAAAUUCUAUUAGUGUAACGACAUCCAAUGAAUUAGACGAUAGAGUUAGUCAGUCACCUGAUAUACCUCUUGUCGAUGAAUUACAUUUUAAAUCAGCUAAAGAGACUGACAUUUUGGAUAAUGGCAAUGAAGAAGAGAGUGAUGAUGAUAUCAACACUGAGUCAAACGAAAGUCUCGAUAUAAAUGUAAAUUCUUAUGUUUUCAAUGGAUUGAAACAUACAUCGCCACCCUCCCGUCCCAUUCAUAAUGUUAGCCUCCCAUCACCACCAAUGAUGUUGAAAAAUGAGUUAUCUGUGCGUGUUCCAUCAGCAAAUGAUCAACAAAUGAUUGAUAUUGAUACUGCAUUGAGAGAAGUAUUGUCGGGGAUACGUACUGUCGAAGAAUGUCAUGCACAAUGUUUUCGAUCAAUGCCAACUUCAUUAUCAUCGACACAUGCACUACGCACUGAAUUAGAUCGCUCUGUCAACAUUCUUGAAACUAUUGCUUCUACAGCAACAACAACAACAACAACAAUCAUCACCGCUACGCCACCAUCAGUUGAAGCAGCUACUCCUGAUCUUGUGUUAAAUCUUCCCGUUACAUGUGGUCUAAUCACUCCUCCAGCAUCUAAAUGUCUCGAUUCUCCAUUGACUACUGAUUAUUUAUCAAAUAUUGCUGAAUCGUCGACUUCGUCAUCACCUUUAACCGAUGAACCUCUGUCAGUCACUAAUAAUUCCACUGCUCUCAUUGAAUCUCAAUCAAUUUCACCAUCUCGUUUCAAUUCUUCAGUAUAUAAUAUAGAAAAAGUAAAUUCACCCGAAUCAUCCAAUAGAAAAAUUCCACCACAAGUGAUGAAAAAACCUGAAAAAACCAUUGAAUUAUUAAAAAAAUUGGGUCUAACUGAUAAUCAUCAUUUACCUACAUUUACAUCAUCUUGUUCAUCCUCAUCGUCUACUACUUCGUCAAAUUUAACGUCUCCUCAAAAUAUAUUUCAUGCUCAAAUAAUUUCUGUUCCAGCCGGAACGUCUAAAUCAACAGACGUGUAA